UUGGCAACCUGGGAACACAGAAUCAAGAGAAGAAUGAAUACAAGAAACAUAUUUUUCAUUUUAGGUUUCUUGUUUCUGGAUGGGCUGCUCCAAUGCAUGGCUCUAAGGAAAACUUAUGACUUUGUUCUUCAAGAAACGAAUUUUACAAGGCUGUGUAGCACGAAAAGCAUGUUGACUGUAAAUGGCAAAUUCCCAGGCCCAACCAUCAAGGCUCGUAAGGGAGACACCAUUUUUGUUAAUGUCCACAAUCAAGGAAACUAUGGCGUCACCAUUCACUGGCAUGGAGUGAAUCAACCAAGGAAUCCAUGGUCAGAUGGUCCUGAAAACGUUACACAAUGUCCAAUUAAACCAGGAACCAAAUUCACUUACGAGGUGAUAUUCUCCGCUGAAGAAGGAACCCUCUGGUGGCAUGCCCACAGUGACUGGACUCGUCUUUCGGUUCAUGGUGCUAUUAUUAUUUUACCAGGUCCUGGAAAAAGUUAUCCAUUUCCUAAGCCUUAUAAGCAAGAGACAAUCGUACUUGGAUCGUGGUAUAAGCAAGACGUGCCGGAAAUGCUCACUAAUGUCCUGAAGGGCGUAAUUCCAAAUGUUUCAGAUGCUUAUACCAUCAACGGCCAACCUGGGGACUUAUACAAUUGCUCCAAUGAUUCAACAUAUCGCCUGAAAGUUAAGUUUGGUAAGACUUAUCUUCUUCGCAUAAUCAACGCUGUGAUGAAUGAAGAAAACUUUUUCGGAAUUGCGAACCACACCCUCACUGUCGUUGGGCAAGAUGGAGCAUACAUAAAACCGAUAACAACCGAUUACAUUUUGAUAACUCCUGGACAAACAAUGGACGUUUUAUUCACAGCAAACCAAAAUCUUAGCCACUAUUACAUGGCUGCUAGUCCUUUCUUUGAUAGCGUUGUCGCUUUUGACAACACUACCACCACAGCAAUUGUUCAGUACUAUGACGGCAAAUAUACUCCUCCUCCUACUCCUUUCUUCCCAAACCUUCCUUUUUACAAUGAUAUAAAUGCUGCAAUAAACUUUACUAACCGCGUAAAGAGCUUAGCAACUGACGCAUAUCCGGCCAAUGUCCCCAAAAAUAUCACCACGCAAUUGUAUAUUACAGUUGCUCUAAAUCGUAUUUUGUGCCCCAACAAUUCUUGUCUUUCGCCAACUGGUGAUGGGCCACUUGAUAAUAAGCAGUCUUCAAGCUUAAACAACGUUAGUUUUGCGACUCCUCAAGUUAGUAUACUUGAUGCAUACUACAGGGGGUUGAGCAACGUUUUUGUUGGAGAUUUCCCAAGUCAGCCGCCCAAUUUUUACAACUUUACUGGUGAUGUUUCGGGCGUAUCACUAUUCACAGAGAGCGGGACGAAGGCGAGGUUCAUAAAUUAUGGUGAAGCAGUUGAAAUUGUGUUCCAAGGAAGUAAUCUCCAGUUCGCAGAAACCCAUCCUUUGCAUUUACACGGUUACAGCUUCUUUGUGGUCGGAACAGGUUUUGGGAAUUUCAACAAUGAGACAGAUCCUUUAUCUUAUAAUUUGGUUGACCCACCAGAACUCAAUACUGUGAACGUUCCAAGGAGUGGAUGGGUUGCCAUUCGAUUUUUCGCUAACAAUCCUGGAGUGUGGUUUAUGCAUUGUCAUUUGGAAAGGCACGCAACCUGGGGCAUGGAUACAGUUCUCAUUGUAAGGAAUGGGCAGUCCGAGGAUCAGAAAAUUCGACCACCUCCUGCCAACAUGCCAUCUUGUUCUUAAGCCAUUUGUAUUAUUCCUUUUUUUUUUUUUUUAGUGUCAUUCAUAUUUUAAUUAUUUGGGAAUCAUUCAUUUCUUGUGGGAAGACUUAAAUAAUCAACAUAAUGUAUGAAAGGCUGCCUGGCCGUGCAAUGUUCGCUAGGACAAGUUACACUCUUGGCGUCGACGCUGCUAAGCAUCAGAAUAUCAUACAUAUUAGGAAGAGAUUUUGUCGCGACGAAAGAAGUGACGUCGCAGACAUGUUGUGGUGAUAAAUAAUGUUUUUUGAUGGUUUGUUUAAUAAAUGGAAGGCUUUCAUUAAUUGCGCAAAUCUCCUUUCUCUUGGCAAU